CACCAGUCCAACAACCCCCCGAUACAACUCAACGGUUCGCAGUGGUUCCCGAGCUCCCUGAUACUUCCACCUGAUUCACAAUGGCCAACCAGACCGACACGCCAAAGGGCCUGGCUCCUUUCGAUCUCUACCCCUACAAUCCUGCUCAAGCUCCCGCUUUCGCCUUCAUGGCUCUCUUUGGCAUCGUCGGCAUCAUGCAUAUCGCGGUCCUGAUCCCGUAUCGCUCCUGGUUCCCGAUCCCCCUGAUCAUUGGCUGCGGCAUGGAGACGGCAGCAUACUACUUCCGCACCGAAUCCCACGACGACGUCCGCAAGACCCUGCCGUUCCUCCUGCAGAACCUCCUGCUCCUCGCCGCACCGCCGCGCCGCAAGCAUAUAUAUCUGUUCAUCCUCGUCGACACGGUGUGCUUCGUGAUACAGGUCGCCGGAGCGAUCAUGUCCGGCAGCGAGCAGGCGGACGAGGCACAGCGGGGGCGGAUGCUCAUCAUCGUCGGUCUGGUCCUGCAGAUCGUCGCCUUUGGACUGUUCGCUGCCUGGACGGCUGUCUUCCACAGGCGUAUGGCGUCGGCGACUGACACUGGUGCUGGCCAGCCGGGGAUCAGGCAUUGGCAGCGCUAUGUCUAUGGCCUGUACGCAAUCAGCCUGCUGUUCGUGGUGCGAAACACUACGCGGCUCAUCGAGUACAACGAGGGCCCUGGUGGCGAGAUGCUGAGCAGUGAGGUGUAUCUGUACGCCCUGGAGGGUACUACAAUGUUGCUCAUCGUGGCUGUCUUUGUUGCCGUGCACCCUGGUAGGCUGAGGAUGCAUGCCCGCGGGUUUGGCAGGAAACAAGAUGUAGAUGAGACGGUCGAGCUUAGAAGAGUUACGCUGUAA